AUGGUCGACAUCCUCCCCCUAAGCAGCUACCCCUCGUACAUCGACCUCCUCCCCUCCAUCCAAACCUGCAACAUCACCAACCUCCCCGAGAACUACUUCCUGAAGUACUACCUGUACCACGCGCUGACCUGGCCGCAACUGUCCUUCGUGGCGGUGGUGCGGCCCAAGAACGGCUACAGCAAGCAUGGCGGCAGCGACAGCUACCCUAAGGUCGUCGGCUACGUGCUGGCCAAGAUGGAGGAGGAGCCCACGGACGGGGUCGCGCACGGCCACAUCACCUCGCUGAGCGUGAUGCGCACGCACCGCCGGCUGGGGAUUGCGGAGCGGUUGAUGCGGAUGAGUCAAAGAGCAAUGGCCGAGUCCCACCGCGCGCAAUACGUCUCGCUGCACGUGCGCGUCUCCAACACCGCCGCCCUGCGCCUCUACCGCGACACCCUGGGCUUCCAGGUCGAGUCCGUCGAGAGCAAGUACUACGCCGACGGCGAGGACGCCUACGCCAUGCGCAUGGAUCUGUCGGAUAUGUGGGUCGACUGGGCCAAGAUCGAGCGCGAGGACCGCGAGCGCGCCGCCAAGGAGGAGAAGGACGGCGAUGAGGGCGAGCCUGUCGGCGAGCUGGGCAAGGCCGACGACGGCGACAAGAAGGAUCAGGAGAAGAUGGUGCGCGUCAAGGUCGGCCGCGGCUUGGGGGUCGGCGAUCUGGUCGAGAAGAAUGAGGCGGCGCAGGCGAGUAACUAGUGCUGCCAUCUCCUUGGAAUCUACCAAAAAAAAAAAAAGAAACUGUUUAGAGAGUCAAAGGUUGGAAGGUUACAACUCCAAAACGGUUACCGUUGCGGCCAAAAUGCUUGUAUGUACAGUACAACACAACUCCACAU